AUGGAGGAAGGGGCGAGGUUGGGGGACAUCAUAAUUGCAUCUGUAAAGGAAGCUAUUCCAACCGAAAAAGUGAAGAAAGGCGAGGUUGUGCGCGGUGUAGUUGUGCAUGCUGCCAUGCAAUGUGGCUGUUGUGACGGGAGUGAGGUCAAGUUUGAUGAUUAUGCAGUAGUGAUUAUUGACAACCAAGGCCAGCCAAGGGGGAGCAGGGUUUUUGGGCCAGUUCCACAUGAGCUGAUUAAGAAAAGGCAUGUCAAGAUAUUUGCUCUGGCAGAGCGUAUUGCCUGA